CCGCCCGGCCCGCAGCUUGCCGCGAUGAAGGCCGCCUCCGCUUUCGUGGUCGAGAGCCCAGACGUGUUCUACACGCCCGAGACCAUCGAGGCGCAUUACGACUACCGAACCACGCGGGUCGUUCGCGAGGGCGGCGUCCUCAAGGUGCAGCCCACGUCCACGCACUGCAGCCUGCAGGAGCAGCUGUGGCCGCACAUGGAGGCCCUGCGCCCGCGGCCCUCGGUCUACAUCCCCGAGUUCAUCGCUGCCAACCAGAGCGCACGCGCCGACAACCUCAUCCCAGGCACGCGCGCGCAGCAGCUGGAGCAGAUUCGCAAGGACAUCCGCGACUUCCGGUACCACAAGGAGCUGGACGAGGUCAUCGUGCUAUGGACUGCAAACACGGAGCGCUUCUGCGAGGUGGUCCAGGGUCUCAACGACACGGCGGAGAACCUGCCGUUCGCCGUGGCCAGCAUCCUGGAGGGCUGCGCCUUCCUCAACGGGUCCCCGCAGAACACACUGGUGCCCGGCGCGCUCGAGCUGGCCGAGCAGCACCGCGUGUUCGUGGGCGGUGACGACUUCAAGUCGGGCCAGACCAAGGUGAAGUCGGUGCUCGUGGACUUCCUCAUCGGCUCCGGCCUCAAGACCAUGUCCAUCGUGAGCUACAACCACCUGGGCAACAACGACGGACAGAACCUGUCGGCGCCGCAGCAGUUCCGCUCCAAGGAGGUGUCCAAGAGCAGCGUCGUGGACGACAUGGUGCAGAGCAACCCGCUGCUCUACGGGGCGGGCGAGGAGCCGGACCACUGUGUGGUCAUCAAGUACGUGCCUUACGUGGGCGACAGCAAGCGCGCGCUGGACGAGUACACGUCGGACCCCGCCUGCGGGUCUCGCAUCGCUGCCAUUCCACCCUCGGCCCCGGGCCCAUCCCACCCCCAGGCUGUGGGCGGCGCGGAGUCGGAGACCAGGUACCAAAAACCGAAACGAAUUCCGUUUAUUGAGAGAUCCAAGGGCGAUCGUAGGCCAGGCCCGCCAGGGAAAGAACGUCCCUGA